GGAUUUUUUCCUCUUCACACACAGUUGAAGUUGAACUCAACGCAACAUAUCUCUGUUCAAACUUCAAAAAUUUUUCCUGGCGAUUCUAAGCAAAAAUUUGAAACCCAAAAAUGAAUGACGAACAGCGGUCUCUCCUCCUCGAACUCUCCUCUCGCUUCUCACCUCCCCAAGGUGUGAAGCUAUCUUAUGGGACGGCGGGGUUUAGGGCGGAUGCAUCAUUGUUAGAAUCGACGGUGUAUAGGGUUGGUAUAUUGGCGGCCCUGAGAUCACUCAAGACCGGAGCUGUCACCGGACUGAUGAUCACUGCAUCGCACAAUCAGAUUUCCGAUAAUGGAGUCAAAGUAGCUGACCCUAGCGGCGGAAUGUUGACUCAACACUGGGAACCCUUUGCUGAUUCAAUUGCUAAUGCCCCUGAUUCUUCUUCCCUUGUUCAGCUGAUUGAAGCUUUCGUGAAGAAGGAAAACAUUCUGCUUGAUGGAAAAGAUGUAGCUGAGGUUCUCCUGGGAAGAGAUACAAGGCCUAGUGGAUCCUCUCUGCUUGAGGCUGCAAAACAAGUACUUCUUUCCAUUCAUUUAAGUGAGCUUUCUCUUACUACCUCUUCAAGUGAAUGUUACGGACAAAAAAAUUUGUAGUGAACGGCUUGAUGAAUGCAUAGUAUCUCUAAUACGUAAUUGUUAUGUAGUUAUCUCCUAUGCUUGAGGAUUCAAAGUUACACGGGAUCCAAAGUUACACUACUUAUACACCAGUGUUAGUUAUAUGAGGCGCAGUUUUAUGUAUAGCUGCAAGAGUUGUGAUCAUAUGAGAUUUUGUAUAAAAUUCAGAUAAACUUGCUUCAAUCCGAAGUUCCACUGUAGUUGCACAAUUAGUAUUUCGUAUGAAUAAUGAUUGCACUGAAAUUGGUUUCAGGGGGUUGCUUCAAUUGCUAGAGCCACUGCUGUUGAUAUGGGGGUUGUGACGACACCACAACUGCAUUGGAUGGUCCGUGCUAAAAAUAAGUGCAUGGAAGCAUCUGAACCUAAUUAUUAUGCCCAGCUCUCAGGCUCUUUCAGGUGCUUGUUGGAAUUGGUUCCUCAAGGAAGUUUGACAAGUAGCACUGAUGAUAAAUUAGUUGUUGAUGGUUCAGAUGGUGUUGGUGGAGAAAAGCUUGAAACUUUGAAGAGUAUGUUAAAUGAUACCACCAUAGAAGUUCGUAAUUCUGGAAAUGGUGUACUUAAUGAUGGUGUUGGUGCUGACUAUGUGCAGAAAGAAAAGGUUGUGCCUCGGGGUUUUGAUACUGCCGAUGUUGGACUCAGAUGUGCCAGUUUGGACGGAGAUGCUGAUCGGCUUGUGUAUUUCUUCUUGGAACCAAAUAAUACUAGAAUUCAACUUGUUGAUGGGGACAAGAUUAUGGCUUUGUUUGCUCUCUUCAUUCAGGAGCAGUUAAGUGUACUGAACAAAAAUGAAGAUUUGACAGUAAGCCGGUCUCAUCAAGCGCGUAUAGGUGUUGUGCAAACGGCUUAUGCAAAUGGUGCAUCCACUCAGUACCUAAAACAUUUGGGCCUAGAGGUGGUAUUUACACCAACUGGAGUGAAGCACUUGCAUGAGAAGGCUGCUGAAUUUGACAUUGGGAUAUAUUUUGAGGCAAAUGGGCAUGGAACCAUCUUGUUCUCAGAAACUUACAUAAGCUGUUUAGAGGAUAUGAAUAAUGAUCUACAAUCAACUUCAAGAGGUUCUGAAAGACAUAAGGCGGCUUCAAGACUUCUAUCUGUCGGUAAAUUAAUCAAUCAGGCUGUAGGAGACGCCCUUAGUGGGCUCCUUCUAGUUGAGGCUAUCCUUAAGCAUUUUGGCUGGUCCAUCCACAGAUGGAACGAGCUUUACCAUGACUUACCUAGCAGACAACUAAAGGUAAAAGUGGCUGACAGAUAUGCAGUUGUGACGGCAAAUGCUGAAACUGUUGUCGUGAAGCCCCUCGGUCUUCAAGAAGUCAUAGAUGCUGAAAUUGCAAAAUAUAACCACGGUAGAUGCUUUAUACGGCCAUCCGGAACAGAGGAUGUGGUUAGAGUGUAUGCAGAAGCCAACACACAAGAGUCAGCAGAUGCUCUGGCAAACUCAGUGGCCAAGCUGGUUGAACAGAUUCUUGGGUCGAGCAGCGCUUAGUCAUUUUUGUUCAUUUCAUCGGCAUGCAUGGAUUCUAGUUUCUUUUGACUCGAAGAGCAACAUGCUGGCAUAGUGGUGGCAUAAGGAUUUUCUGAAGCUGUUAAAAAGUUGCUAAAGAGCACAUUGUUCUGGUUGCAUUAUUUAACCAUGUUCAAAAAAUUAUUGUAAAAACAUAAGUUAUACUACAGGCCUACCUCUUAGAAUUUUAGCUGUUCUACAGCAUCUUGAGUGUCAUUGUCCUCAUUAUGGUUGCGGAUGCGCCUCCCCUCUAGUUCUCACUUGGCUGGGCAGAAAAGUAGUUCUUGAGAUUUUAACUGAGCAUGAAUUUUUACUCGUGUCGCUCUGACUAUUGACUCGCCCAUUUAGAAUUCAAAAUCAAUGGAACUACAAUCAUUCCUUUCAUUUGUCAAAAGACCCACUGACUCGCCC